UUCCCUCCGGAUCCCGUUUUCUUUUGAUCGUAUUCAUCUUCAUCUUCUGCUUAUCGUGUUUCAGAUCUCUGUUUUGGGGCAGCUAGUGUUAGGUGUCUAUCUUGAGCAAAAACCAAGAAAGAUGUUGGGAAUUAUAAGGCGAAGAAUCGGUUUCGGCGGCUCUUAUGCUUCGACUCUGGAGCGUUGUUUGCAUAAGAUGCAACCUGCCUUAUCCGCGUCAAGAUGUUAUUCAUCGGCAGCAAAAGAGAUGACAGUUCGAGAAGCUCUAAACUCUGCACUUGACGAGGAAAUGUCUGCUGAUCCUAAAGUCUUUCUCAUGGGUGAAGAGGUUGGUGAAUAUCAAGGUGCAUACAAGAUUUCCAAAGGUCUCUUGGAGAAGUAUGGUCCUGAGAGAGUUCUUGAUACUCCAAUUACAGAGGCUGGUUUUGCAGGCAUUGGAGUUGGUGCUGCUUACUAUGGUCUUAAGCCAGUUGUAGAGUUUAUGACAUUUAACUUCUCUAUGCAGGCGAUUGACCACAUCAUUAAUUCUGCUGCAAAGUCAAACUAUAUGUCAGCUGGUCAGAUCUCUGUACCAAUUGUUUUCAGAGGACCAAAUGGUGCUGCUGCUGGAGUUGGUGCCCAACACUCCCAGUGUUAUGCAGCUUGGUAUGCUUCUUGCCCUGGGUUAAAAGUGUUGACUCCUUACUCAUCAGAAGAUGCACGUGGCCUACUAAAAGCUGCUAUAAGGGACCCUGAUCCUGUUGUUUUCCUUGAAAAUGAAUUGCUAUAUGGUGAGUCUUUCCCUGUUCCAGCAGAAGUUCUUGAUUCAAGUUUCUGCCUGCCAAUAGGGAAAGCAAAGAUUGAACGAGAGGGAAAGGAUGUGACUAUUACUGCUUUCUCAAGGAUGGUUGGUUUUGCACUCCAGGCUGCUGAAAUACUUGCCAAGGAAGGAAUUAGUGCCGAGGUUAUAAAUCUGCGCUCUAUUCGACCUCUGGAUAGACCCACAAUCAAUGCUUCUGUCAGGAAAACCAACAGACUGGUGACGGUUGAAGAAGGGUUCCCUCAGCAUGGCAUUGGUGCCGAGAUCUGUACAUCUGUUGUUACGGAGAGCUUUGGCUAUCUUGAUGCACCAGUGGAAAGGAUUGCUGGAGCUGAUGUUCCCAUGCCUUACGCUGCAAAUCUUGAGAGAAUGGCUGUUCCACAGGUUGAAGAUAUUGUUCGUGCAGCAAAAAGGGCGUGCUACAGAUCAGAUCGCAUGGCUGCUGCUGCUUAGACUUGGCAGGCAGAGUCGAUCUUUCUCGUACUUUAAUAUACUCUUUUUGGAGAUUGUUAACACUUCCAUGUUAUUCUGAAGUCCUUUCAUUAGUGGAGAGUUAAGACAACUUUGCUGGUUGGUUUAGUUCAUCCAAUGAUGUUGGGACACAUUUAAUCCAGGCGUCCUUUGAAGAGAGAGUUUGUAAAAAAAAAAUUCUGUCAUGAUUGAGGAAGAACCGGUCAUUGAGAUCUUAUUUCAAACGGAUGCCCAGCCCCACUGGUUUGAGUGGAGUUUAUAAAUUGGGCGGAAUAUUUUUCAGCAGAUUGACUAGUGGAAUUACACUUUUUUGUCUGUCAUACCCAGCACUUGAUAGUUCUGCCCAGCAGAUCUCCUACCCUUCCAAAUGAGGUGCUAAAUGUCAAUUCCUUUGGAAGGUUUAGGAAGAGUUGUCAUCGGCCAGAGGGUUUGUGCAGGCAUGAACACAUAUUGCUGAAGCAGGUCGAUCUUUUCCCAAAUUCCUGAACAAAUAGUUUUUAAGGUAUUGGAUAGUCCAAAUCA